AUGUUUGCAUUAUGGCAGGAAUAUGAGCGAUUACCGAGUCGUGCUGUUCAGAUCUAUGGGGCUGAGUUGGGAUUGGCUUUAGACUUUCUGCACAAUAAUGGUGUCAUCUAUCGUGAUCUUAAACUUGAAAAUGUUGUUAUGGAUUCACUCGGACACAUACGAGUUGUAGACUUCGGAUUAUCGAAGCUGCUAAAUAAUGGCGAAUACACGAGCACUGUUUGUGGAACAUUACAGUAUAUGUCACCUAACGUAGCGUCCGAGAAACCAUACUCUCACUACAUUGAUUGGUGGUCUUUAGCCGUUCUCCUCCAUAUCAUCGCUACGGGAAGAUAUCCCUAUCCAAAUGCGAACGCUUCUCACCAUCGUGAUCUUAGAUUUGUCGACUACAGUACUCCGCUUGAAUGCGAUAAUGAGCUUGGCAAAUUGUUCGAUGAGAUGCUUGCCCCUUCUUUAGCCAAAAGAUUGUGUACUUUCGAAGCAUUUCGACAACAUGACUUUUUCAAAACUAUCGAUUUUGAGGAUGUUCUUGCAUUUAAGAUGCUUGCUCCUUCAUUAGCCAAAAGAUUAUGUACUUUCGAAGCAUUUCGACAACAUGACUUUUUCAAAACUAUCGAUUUUGAGGAUGUUCUUGCGUUUAAGGUACGGCAGAUAGUUUGCUAACA